AUGACGAUUGUCACAUAUAUUCGUGCUAGGCCCGCAGGUUCGACAAAAUCCGCAGCGAGUACGUGCAAGUCAACCUCGGUGUGCGCGACAUCGUCGACAUUAUGCAGGAGAGUUUACUAUGACGGUAUGGACACGAAAGAAGUAGGCCACCGCACAACAUCGGAAAUGGCACUACAACUUGCCCUGUCCAGACAUAGAUUAAUCAAGUUUGUGUUUUAUUUUAAUAUAUACAAGGUUAAUUUUUGGUUAUGCUCAUCAGUUCCAGCGCAGUUCAUACCGGGCAGGACGGGAGCCGGGUUGCUUAUAUUGAAUGGAUUCACAUUCUAUAUGAAGAAUCAUCAAGCACAUGGAAAAAAGCAGUGGUACUGUUCAUCACGAGACGUUCAUGGCUGUAGGGCUGACGUCAUCACCUACAAAGGAAUUUAUUACUUACCAUCUCACCGUACCGGAAGUAUGGUUUUGAUAUUCAAAGACAACAAAUAUUGGAUCAAUAAUAGAUACCAGAAUACUAUAAAUUGGACAUGCCGGGAUAGAAAAAGACUGGGAUGCAACAGCUGUGUGCAAACAACAGUGGAAGGUCGCUACAUCAAGCAUAAAGGCUUCCAUAAUCAUGAUGAUAAUUACACAAAGUAUAAUUUCAAUGAUUAAGCAGUUUAACGCUAGAUACUUCUUCAAAGUUUCAAAAAAUCAACCAAUGUGAU